CGACCGCUAGCACAUGGCGACCGGCCAGGCCGAUCUCAUCAGCAACCUCCCCGACGACGUGCUUGGCACCAUCGUCUCCCUUCUUCACACCAGGGACGGCUGCCGCACGCACGCGCUCUCCCGCCGAUGGCGCCCCAUCUGGCGCGCGGCGCCGCUCAACCUGGAAGGCGGCGGCUCUCGGUUGCGCGAGCAGACCAUCUCCGGCAUCCUGUCCGGCCACCUCGGUCCUGUACGCCGCAUCUCCAUCUUUAUGAUCAAAUCCCUCCCCCGCCGCUACGACCUUCGCACGGGGCACCCGAUCGUCGACGACACCGCCGAUGCCAGGGUCAACAGCUGGCUCGGCUCCCGGGACCUUGCACAUCUCGAGGAGCUCCGGCUCAGCUACGAAUACAACACUCACAACAGUACCCUGCCACCGCUGCGCCCGCACUCCGCGUGGCCUCUUUCGGCCGCUGCCGUCUGCCGCCCAACCUGGCCGUGGACUUCCCGCUCCUCCAGCAGCUCACCCUGUGGAUGGUCACCCUAACCCAGGAGGCUCUGAACGCCGUGCUCUCCGGAUGCCCUGCGUUGGAGAGCCUUGGGAUGACCGAGAUUAGGGGUGUUGUCUGCCUCCGCAUCCGGUCCUGGACUCUCAGGAGCAUCGGCUUCCGUCACUCUAGCUAUGUACCUUCCCAAGAGCUGGUCAUCGAGGACGCCCCUUGCCUUGAGAGGGCAAGGUUGCAGCCAUUUGGCACAGAUAAUAGUGUGGUCACCUUCCGGGUAAUCCAUGCUCCUAAAUUGGAGAUGUUUUCUCAGGUAUAGCUGCAAUCUUAAGUUUCUUUAAUGCCACGUGGAUUAAUUAAUAUAUACAGAUUAUUAAUACCUAAAUAAGUUUGGUCUAUAUUAUGUCCUUUUAGCUAAUGAACACAGUUAGGUUGACAACCACAAUGCACACGGUGAAGAUUUUAGAACUUGAAGGUGUCGGUGAUGAUUUGGACCCGGUGCUUGACUUAAGCUUCCUCAAAUUCUUCCCCUGCCUCGAGAGGCUUUAUAUUUAUGUGAGUUUUCAGAUUUAAUAUCUUUCUUAAAAUGUUAAGAUGUCAUGUUUCCAAAUUAUUAGCAACUGCCUUUAUAUAUUUUUUAUUCAUAUCUCCAGUUAAACUCAGAGAUAUGGUUCUCUCAUCCAUUAUCUAAGAAUGUGAGGACGUAUGUCUCACUAGAUGAUCCAAUUGAAUGUCUUGAGCACCGA